UGGCUGCGGGGCGGAAGUGGCGCGGGGCGGCGUAGAGCAGCGCGCGGCACCUAUGGGGCUCCUUAAAGGCGCCGCCACCAGCGGCCCUUCCGGUGCUGGGGGACGGCAGCGCCGCUUGGGGCCGGCAUGAGCAGGAGGGCAGUACCAUGGCUGAGAAGACAUCGCCGGGCCCCAGCGGGGCCAUCACACCCCUGCAGCAGAUGUUGGCCUCUGGGACGGGUGCCAUCCUCACCUCCCUCUUUGUGACACCCCUGGAUGUGGUGAAGAUCAGACUGCAGGCCCAGAGGACGCCCUUCUCCAAAGCGUGGUUGGUGCGAUCGGUGCCCCAGGGCUCACAGCAUGCCACAUGGAAGUGUUUCCUCUACUGCAAUGGGCUCAUGGAUCAUCUGUACGUCUGUCAGAAUGGCAACAGCUGCACUGCCUGGUACAAGACCCCCACCUGCUUCAACGGCACGCUGGAUGCCUUUGUGAAGAUCACACGCCACGAGGGCAUCAGGUCCCUGUGGAGCGGGCUCCCCCCAACGCUGGUGAUGGCUGUGCCAGCCACCGUCAUCUAUUUCACCACCUACGACCAGCUGCGGGACUGCCUGCACGCCCGCACCGGGAGCCGGGGUCCCCACAUCCCGCUGCUGGCGGGGGCCCUCGCUCGGCUGGGUGCUGUGACGUUGAUCAGCCCCUUGGAGCUGAUCCGCACCAAGAUGCAAUCCCGACAGCUCAGCUACCGCGAGCUGCGCGUCUGCAUCCAGUCGGCGGUGGCUCAGGAUGGCUGGCUGUCCCUGUGGAGGGGAUGGGGGCCCACGGUGCUGCGGGACGUCCCCUUCUCCGCUCUCUACUGGUUCAACUACGAGCUGGUGCGGGAGUGGCUGUGCAGGCAAACCCGGCUGGAUGAGGCCACCUUCAUGGUCAGCUUUGUGUCCGGGGCCAUCUCUGGGACGGUGGCCGCUGUGCUGACGCUGCCCUUCGAUGUGGUGAAGACCCAGCGGCAGAUCCAGCUGGGAGACAGCGAGCUGCACCCAGCUGCAGCCUCCAAGCCUUCGUCCACCUGGCUGCUCCUGCAGCGUAUCCGUGCUGAGUCUGGCACGCGGGGGCUGUUUGCAGGCUUCCUGCCCCGUGUCAUUAAGGUGGCACCCGCCUGUGCCAUCAUGAUCAGCACCUACGAGUUUGGCAAAACCUUCUUCCAGAAGCUGAACCAGGAGCGGCAGCUGCGGGGGCUGUGAGCUGGGAGCUGUGCUCCAUGGAGCAGGGCCGGUGCCAGCCCUGCUGCUGGCCCAAGUGCCUUCCCACGGCGCCCUCCACAGCCUGGACGUGGCUCACAGCGUGGACGCAGCCCGGGGGGGGACCGCCUCCAUCGUGCCCUGCUGGGGGCAUUGGUGCCCGCUGUGAUGCUGUGGGGAUGCAGCCCUGCACGGCCGUGCCUGUGCUCACCUCCUGCAUUGGACAGAUGCUGCUGCUGGACUCGGGCUGGGUGCUCCCAGCCUCCUUGAGGGCAGGAGCCGGGGCUCCAAGCUGGACCAAACCCUGGGGGCUGCUCCGUGUGCCUGAGCCCCGCUUUGUGCCCUUCCUCGUUACGCACAGCCUCCCCUGUAGCCCUGCAUGACGUGGGGACUCACCACAGCUCUGCCUCCGGCCCUUUCCUCCUCCUCAGGACCUCCCCGGCCCCCAGUUGCCCUGGGUUUGGACCCUGUGUGGGGACAGACCUCCCUGCUGCUCCGAGGGGCCAGGCUUGGAUCUGUGACCUGACCCUUCACCACGAGGGUCUGCCCUAUGUGGGAGCUGCCCUCCUUCCGCCUUGGGGGGGCAGUUUCUCUUAUUUUCUUAAAUAAAACUAAAGGUCUCCUAG